GGUCUUCACGUACGCACCAACUUUAAGUAUGAUAAUGGUUGACAUGCAACUUAGUAGUCCUCACGUAAAUCUAAAAGUUCAAGACUCCAAAAUCUUAUCACAUAUUUAAUUUAUCAUAACUAUUAACUGUAUAAAUACCAUUAUUUGCUCUCUAAUCUUCAAUAUGCUCCAAGAACAUGGCAAGCAACCAGCUAACAAUCUCCCUUUGCACUCUCUUGCUUCUCCAGCUCACCUUCUUGCCCCCGACAUCUGCCUAUGAAGCAUCUGAAAAGAAGGUUGAUGUAGUUGUGGAAGGUAAAGUGUAUUGCCAAAGCUGUGAUCAUUAUGGUUCAUGGUCAUUGAGUGAAGCUGAGCCAAUCCCUUCUGCCAAAGUUAGUGUGAUUUGCAGAAACCACUUGAGACAAGUCAGUUUCUACAAGGCAUAUCAAACUGAUGAACAUGGCUACUUCUAUUCACAACUUGACGGAUUCAAGAUGGGGCACAACAUUUUGGACCAUCCUCUUCAAUCUUGCUAUGUUAAGCUUGUUUCGUCUCCUAUUGCUAAAUGCAGCCUCCUCUCCAAUGUUAACUAUGGAAUCAAUGGCGCUCCCCUUCGUUAUGAGAACAAGAUUCUGCGAGGAAGUCACUAUGAAGCUGUGGUCUAUGCUGCAGGACCCUUGGCUUUUCGUCCUGCUCAUUGCCCUCCUGAAACUCACGUCUGAUAGACCAAAACUCAUCUGUAACCCUUUUGUAAUCUUCCUUUGAUGCCUUUUUGUACUCUCUUUUGUUGGUCUUGACCUCAUUCAUACAACCAUGUCGUUAAUUUAUUCUGUUUCUUGAAAGAUUUUUACUGCACUAGAGUAUUGCAUUUUAA